GUCUUGCACAGGUGUACUGGCUCCUCCCCUCCAGUCUUGCACAGGUGUACCGGCUCCUCCCCUUCAGUCCUGUUCAGGUGUCCUGGCUCCUCCCCUUCAGUCUUGCACAGGUGUACCGGCUCCUCCCCUUCAGUCUUGCACAGGUGUAGCGGCUCCUCCCCUCCAGUCUUGCACAGGUGUACCAGCUCCUCCCCUUCAGUUCUGUACAGGUGUCCUGGCUCCUCCCCUUCAGUCUUGCACAGGUGUACCGGCUCCUCCCCUUCAGUCUUGCACAGGUGUCCCAGCUCCUCCUCUUCAGUCUUGCACAGGUGUCCUGGCUCCUCCCCUUCAGUCUUGCACAGGUGUACCGGCUCCUCCCCUUCAGUCUUGCACAGGUGUCCCGACUCCUCCCCUCCAGUCUUGCACAGGUGUACCGGCUCCUCCAUUCCAGUCUUGCACAGGUGUACCGGCUCCUCCCCUCCAGUCUUGCACAGGUGUCCCGACUCCUCCCCUUCAGUCAUGCACAGGUGUACUGGCUCCUCCCCUCCAGUCUUGCACAGGUGUACCGGAUCCUCCCCUUCAGUCUUGUACAGGUGUACCGGAUCCUCCCCUUCAGUCUUGUACAGGUGUAUCUGCUCCUCCCCUUCAGUCCUGAACAGGUGUACUGGCCCCUCCCCUUCAGUCUUGCACAGGUGUAUCUGCUCCUCCCCUUCACUCUUGCACAGGUGUCCAGGCUCCGCCCCUUUAGUCUUGCACAGGUGUACCGGCUCCUCCCUUCAAUCUUGCACAGGUGUACUGGCUCCUCCCCUUCAGUCUUGCACAGGUGUCCUGGCUCCUCCCCUUCAGUCCUGCAAGGUGUCCUGGCUCCUCCCCUUAAGUCUUGCACAGGUGUCCUGGCUCCUCCCCUUCAGUCCUGCACAGGUGUCCUGGCUCCUCCCCUUCAGUCUUGCACAGGUGUAGUGGCUUCUCCCCUCCAGACU